AAUUUGACUGGCAUUGUUUACGAUCACGCAACCUCAAUUACAUAUUUGAUUAUUUCGAAUUAUCCAGUGUCUAUAAAUUCAGUGACUGAAGACUAAAAACUUCUAGUUAGAAUCGCGCUGCAGUUGGAAAAAUUGUAACACAAGCCAAAUGUAUUCUCAAAUUGUUUUGUGUCUUAGUUUGGCCGUCACGAUAUGGAUAUCAGCAGCAGAGAAAUAUACAACUAAAUACGACAACAUCGAUUUGGAAGAAAUCUUCAAAAGCACCCGUUUGAUGAAUAACUAUCUAAAUUGUCUCAAAACAGUGGGCCCUUGUACACCAGAUGGCAGAGAGUUGAAAGAUAGCCUCCCGGAUGCACUCCGAAACGAUUGCAACCGCUGCUCGGAGAGGCAAAAAAUCGGUGCCGAUAAAGUGAUCCGAUUCGUCGUUGAAAAUCGACCAGAAGAUUUCGCGAGUCUAGAAACGCUGUACGAUCCCACCGGUGAGUAUCGGCGCAAAUAUCUGGACGGAGAUCUGAGUCUCGCCCCGGCAUCUGAUGAGGAUGAAUCUUCUGGGAGUUCUACCUCAGAGAAAGCAACUACAGCGGAGCAUGAGUGAAGCUUGGUUAAUGAAAAGUUUUGCAGUUACAUCGCUAUGGUUAAAUGAUAAAUGUUGAAGCUUCAAUUCAUGGUGUUUUUAUCUGAUGUUCAGAACGUCCAUAUGAAAGAUAUCAACUAUCAAAUUUCGUGUUCCUCGUUUGUUGCCAACAGUCACCGGAAAAUUCGUUCGUUGAUGGUCUAGAUCAGUGGAGUGACGCAGUGCAUUGCCUAAAUUUCGGCGAAUACAUACAAUUUACUCACAUUGGUGUAGCAUUAUAACUAGGAGGAGUGCGGGUGAAGUGGGCGGUUGCUUGUUUAGUAGUAUAACUAUUGAUGCCGUAUUGAUGGUCACUUUAUGUUUGAAGAGUUUCACGAGUUUUGAGUCACCCUGUACUUCAAUAGAGCUGACACAUGUCAAAAAUAAAAAUAAAAACAGAAAUCGCUCUCUCGGUACUCAUUCGGAUGUAGUUCCGCGCGCAUCGUUUUUGAGGAAUUUCUCGUGAAAUC